AUGCUUUUUAGAAAUUUUAUCCUUCAUUUGCUUUCCUUAUUUUUUAUUCUCUUUCUCUUCAAUUUUCUUUACCUUUUUAAAUAUCCUGAAUAUUCUCUAGCUGAACUCUACAGACGUUCUUUAAAUCCACAAGCACAACAACAACAACAAGAAAGUGUACAUAAUUUACCUGUAUAUUAUGGACAUUUAGCCGAACGAAUAUGCCCAAUUGUUGAUAUUUUAUUACAAAAAGCAAUUUCUAUGGAUUUAAAACCAGCUGUUAUGGAUACUUUACUUUGCCAUUUUUCUCCUAUUUAUAGGAUUCAUCGUAAAUUUAUUUUUUAA